AGGUGUUAUUAAACAGUCUUACAAAACCUCUCGUUUUGUAACAUCGUGACUGAAAACGUGACGGUCACACACGAGAGCAGCAGCGGUAGCAGCACCGAGCAAAGGACGCCGCUCUCCCAACUAGGACGGAGGGUUUUUUGCUGCCUCAGAUAUAAACCACUGUUGUUGUGCCUACUAAACAACCAUGUCUGCCUCCCGUACGGUAAUAUGCUUGUUAAGGAACGACCUGCGUGUCCACGACAAUGAGCUUCUCCACUGGGCUCAAAAAAAUGCUGAGCACAUAGUUCCCCUCUACUGCUUCGACCCCAGACAUUAUGUGGGAACUUAUAACUUCAACCUGCCAAAGACUGGACCAUUCCGUCUGCGCUUUUUACUAGAAAGUGUCAGAGACCUCAGAAACACUCUGCUCAGCAAGGGCAGCAAUCUGGUGGUAAGGAGGGGUAAGCCAGAGGAGGUGGUUGCAGACCUCAUCAAGCAACUUGGCUCUGUUAGCAGUGUGGCGUUCCACGAGGAGGUUGCUUCAGAAGAGCUGAAUGUGGAGAAAAAAGUGAAGGAAGUCUGUGCUCAGAUGAAGGUGAAAGUUCACACCUGCUGGGGCUCUACACUGUACCACAGAGAUGAUCUACCAUUCCACCACAUAUCCAGGUUGCCUGAUGUCUACACUCAGUUCAGAAAGGCAGUAGAGAGCCAGAGCAGAGUGAGGCCUGUGUUUCCUACUCCUGAGAGGCUAAAUCCCCUUCCCCCAGGGCUUGAAGAAGGAGCUAUUCCUUCAGCAGAGGACCUGCAACAGACGGAGCCUGUGGCUGAUCCUCGAUCUGCUUUCCCCUGUAGUGGAGGAGAAAGCCAUGCUCUGGCCAGACUGAAACAUUAUUUCUGGGACACUGAUGCAGUUGCAACUUACAAAGAGACUCGUAACGGCUUGAUCGGGGUGGAUUAUUCCACUAAACUCUCUGCUUGGCUGGCGCUGGGCUGCAUUUCACCCAGGUAUAUUUACCAUCAGAACAAACAGUAUGAAAGAGAGCGGACAGCCAAUCAGAGCACCUACUGGGUAAUUUUUGAGCUUUUGUGGAGGGACUACUUUAAGUUUGUGGGUGUGAAGUAUGGAAACCGAAUGUUUCAGAUCAAAGGACUUCAAGACAAAUCCAUGCCAUGGAAAACGGACAUGAAGCUAUUUGAUGCAUGGAAAGAGGGACGCACAGGGGUGCCCUUUGUGGAUGCCAACAUGAGAGAGUUGGCGAUGACGGGCUUCAUGUCCAACAGGGGGCGGCAAAAUGUUGCAAGCUUCCUCACAAAGGAUCUGGGCCUUGACUGGAGGAUGGGAGCUGAGUGGUUUGAAUAUCUUCUGAUUGAUCACGAUGUCUGCAGCAACUAUGGCAACUGGCUUUACAGCGCUGGUGUCGGAAAUGACCCCAGAGAGAACAGGAAGUUCAACAUGAUCAAACAAGGCCUCGACUAUGAUAGUAAUGGUGACUACGUGCGGUGGUGGAUUCCAGAGUUGAAGGAUAUCAGAGGAGCAGAUGUGCACACACCCUGGAACCUCAGCUUGGCCUCACUGUCACAUGCUUGUGUGUCCCUUGGUGACACCUACCCUACCCCUAUCAUCAUAGCGCCUGAAUGGAGCAGACACUUUAACAAGAAACCAAGUGGCUCAGGGCCUACAGCAAAAGGAAAGAAAGGCCCAUCACACACUCCCAAACAGCAUCGAGACCGAGGCAUUGAUUUUUAUUUCUCAAGAAGCAAAAAUCUGUAACCAGUGCAGAAGAUGGACAAUCCAGAUAUUUUAAACUUGGAUUGAUUGUGUGAAAUCAAUGCUGCACACACAGCAGAUUUGGUUUUUUUGGGGGAAGUUUUUUUUUUUUUUUUUUGGCCACAUCUACCAUGGAGGAUCUACAUUUCCUGUUGUGCAGCUGCAGAAGUAAAAAUAACUACAAGAGUGUUUCUUUGUUAUCAGUUAUAAGGUUCUCUUAAUUGGCUUUUUAAAAUCAACUUUGUUUUCAUCUUGCUGUUUUCUUUUAUGCACUUUUUAUUCAUGUUUAAGCUCUAUUUAUGUGAGGGCGUUACACAGAAAAUGCAAAAUGGAUUUUUUUUUUACUUUAUUAUUUAAUUAUUAAAAGUAGACCUUUAAAAGCACGGAACUGUACCUACUGGUCGUCUUUUCUGCUUUUACUUGUGACAAUGUGGAGGAAUAAACUUUCAGUGUUACUGAAGCCAAACACGACUAACUGAAACGCUUAAACACGCCUCUUUUUUCUCUCCUUUUUGCAUCUUAAAAUAGGCAUUGCUAUAAGCCGUUUAUUAGUAAGCAUUAGUUAUCUAUUUCCUCAGGUAUGUUAUUGAACUGUCAUAACAUACGUGAAAGAGAAGUGACCAGAGGCUUCAGAAAGUAAACAGGCAUCCUCCUCCAUAGACCUCCUCUCCCUUGUGACGCUGCAGCCGC